AUGGCAUCGACUUCCACUUUUUCCCGCGAGGCCUUGGACCAGGUCUUGAAGCGUAGAUUCUUCUUCGCUCCAGCUUUUGAGAUUUACGGUGGUGUUUCCGGUCUUUAUGAUUAUGGUCCUCCUGGCUGCGCUUUGCAAGCCAACAUUAUCGACACUUGGAGAAAGCAUUUUAUCUUAGAAGAAGACAUGUUGGAGGUGGAUACCACCAUGUUGACGCCCCACGAGGUGCUCAAGACCUCGGGCCACGUAGACAAGUUUGCUGACUGGAUGUGUCGUGACUUGAAAACAGGUGAAAUUUUCAGAGCCGACCACUUGGUCGAAGAAGUUUUGGAGGCGAGAUUGAAGGGUGACCGUGCUGCCCGGGGUGUGGUUGAGAAGGCAGGCGACGACGAAGCUGACAAAAAGCGCAAAAAGAAGGUCAAGGAGAUCAAAAACGUCAAGUUGGACGACCAGGAGGUGAAGGAAUACGAGAACAUUUUGGCUCAAAUCGACGGGUUUUCUGGUCCCCAGCUCGGGGAGUUGAUGACCAAGUACAACAUCACCAACCCAGCCACUGGUGGUCCGUUGGAGCAGCCAAUGGAGUUCAACUUGAUGUUUGAAACUGCCAUUGGUCCUUCCGGCCAGCUCAAGGGCUACAUGCGUCCCGAGACGGCUCAAGGUCAGUUUCUCAAUUUUUCCAAGUUGUUGGACUUUAACAACGAAAAGAUGCCGUUUGCGUCGGCCUCCAUCGGCAAGUCGUUCAGAAACGAGAUUUCUCCCCGAGCAGGUUUGUUGAGAGUUCGUGAGUUCUUGAUGGCUGAAAUCGAACACUACGUUGAUCCCGAAGACAAAUCGCACCCCAGAUUCGACGAGGUGAAACAUGUCAAGUUGCGGUUUCUUCCCAAAGACGUCCAGGAGAGUGGCUCCAACAAGUUGCGGGAGUGCACCAUUGGCGAAGCGGUUGAAUCUGGCAUGGUAGACAACCAAACCUUGGGAUAUUUCGUCGCUAGAAUUUACCUUUUCCUCGUGAAAAUUGGUGUGAAUCCCGACAGAUUGCGGUUCAGACAACACUUGCUGAACGAGAUGGCCCACUAUGCCGCCGACUGCUGGGACGCCGAGUUGGAGACGUCUUUCGGUUGGAUCGAGUGUGUGGGUUGUGCCGACAGAUCUGCCUACGAUUUGAGUGUGCAUUCUGCUCGUACCAACGAAAAGUUGGUGGUCAGAAAAGCGCUCCCAAGUCCAGUCACAGUCGAGAAGUUUGAGGUUUCCAUUAACAGAAAGAAGUUUGGACCCAGUUUCCGCAAAGAUGCCAAGGCGGUGGAAAAUGCACUUUUGAACCGCACUCAGUGCGAGUUGGAAGAUUUGGCUGCGGAAUUGAAAAAAGAAGGCAAGGUCUCUUUGAACGUGGAGGGGUUGUCGGAGCCAGCAGUGAUCACUUCUGAACUCGCUACCAUCGAAAAAGUCACCAGAACAGAACACAUUCGUGAAUUCACUCCAAACGUCAUCGAGCCCUCGUUCGGUAUCGGCCGUAUCAUUUACUCCAUUUUCGAACAUGUGUUCUGGAGCCGCCCAGAAGACAAAGACAGAUGUGUGUUGUCGCUUCCACCCGCCGUGGCUCCUACUAAAGUGUUGUUGGUGCCUCUUUCCUCGCAUGCUGAUCUCAGCCCCAUCGUCAAGAAAGUGUCAGCAUACUUGCGUAAAGAGCAAAUUCCCUUCAAGGUGGACGACUCCUCUGCCUCUAUCGGAAAGCGUUAUGCUCGUAAUGACGAAUUGGGUACACCAUUUGGAAUCACCAUCGAUUUCGAUUCCGUCAAAGAUGCUUCCAUCACCUUGAGAGAGCGCGAUUCCACAAAACAGGUCAGAGGUUCAUUGGAAGACGUUGUUGCGGCGAUCAAGGCUGUUACCUAUAACGACGAGUCGUGGGCCGAAGCCACCAAGAAAUUGACUCCCUUUGAGGGCCAGUCCGGAGACGCCUGA